UUACAGACAUUAAGAAUGGAGUAUUGUAGACGUCUGAAAGUGUUCCCUAAGGAAAUGGGAAAUUUGAUCAAUUUGAGACACGUCUAUUUUGGUCCAGUCCAAAAAAAAAAACGUGCUAAUUUUGGUUGGUAUACGGAGUCUCCUGUUGGGGUUGGGCAAUUGACUAAUCUCCGAACGAUGCCUUAUUUUAUUGUGAGUCCUGAUGAAACUGAUCGUAGCAUUGAAGAAUUGGCUGGCUUAAACCACUUGAAAGGUGAACUGGCCAUUUAUGGUUUGGAACAUGUGAGGGAUGGAGAAGAAGCGAAGAAAUCGAAUUUAGUUGGGAAGAGAAACAUACGUAAGUUAUCACUUGUAUGGGGUGAGGAAAUGAGGCCAUGCAACAACAGUGAAGAGGAUGUUCUCCAAGGCCUCCAGCCACACCAUAAUUUGGAAAUUUUAGAGAUUCGCAACUUCAUGGGUGCUCAAUUUCCAUCGUGGAAGCCACACAACAACUUGAAAGAGAUUCGAUUGCUUCGCAAUUUCAUGGGUGCUAAAUUUCCAUCUUGGAAGCCACACAACAACUUGAAAGAGAUUCGAUUGCUUCAGUGCGACGUAUGUGAAGAAGCCCCCAUGCUUGGCCAUCUACCUAGUCUUAUGCAUCUUGAGUUUAAUACAAUGUGUAAUCUAAAACGUUUGGGAGAUGAGUUUUAUGGCUAUGAUGACGUUGAUGAUGCAAUGAAGACCAAGGCAUUGUUUCCUGCAUUGAAGACGUUCAGAAUUAGUGCGGCCCCAAAUCUGACCGAAUGGAUUGAACCACCAGUGGUGAAAGAAGAACAAAUAUCGGUGUUUCCUCGCCUUGAGGAGUUGGAUCUCGUGGAGUGUCCACAAAUAAGAAAUUUUCCUGAUCAUUUUGCAUCCCUUCGUAAGUUGGAGGUGAGUAUUUGUCACGAGCUAUCAAACAUAACAAGUCUGGUAGAAAAGUGUACCUCUCUUCAGAAUCUGGAAAUAUGCAGCUGCGACAAACUUAGAUCCCUUUCAUUAUUUGGUUUGACAUCCAUCCGGAAAUUGUUGUUUAGUUCACGUGGUGGUAAAUUAACAACAACCAGCCAGCAUAGUGGACCAGAAUUGUACAGUGGAGUUUCUCUUGAGGAGUUGUCCAUAAAAUGUCCAUCUCUUGAAAAUUUGGGAAUAAGCCGCUGUGAUAGUCUGAUAUCCAUUUCAGUUCACGGUGUAACAUCCCUUCGAGGAUUGGAGAUUAGUUCAUGUGGUGGAUUAAUAUCAAUGGACCUGCGAAGUCUACCAGAAUGCUAUAUCCCUCUGGAGGUGUUGUCUUUAAGGUCGUGCACAAGUCUAGAGUCAAUUUCAAGUUUACACGGAUGCACAUCCCUCCGUGAAUUGAGCAUUGAAGAUUGUGAUGGACUAAAAACUUAUGCAUCGAUUGGGCUUGAAUCUUGCACUUCUAUUCGUGCACUGCGUGUUCACGAUUUUCAACAAUUGAGGCAGUAUUCAGCUGAUGGGUUAGACAUCUCUCUUAUUGAGGAGUUGACCAUUUAUAAAUUCCCCAAGUUAAUAUGCAUUUCAAACCACGGUCUGACGACCCUCCGUAAACUUGUACUUAUCGCAAGUUGUGUACCGGAAUUGUCUAUCGGCAGCAGUACUACACUGGAGGAGUUGUCUUUACAGGAUUGUACAUCCCCUGCUUCGCUGUGUAUCGACAAUUGUGAAAGGCUGAGGCAUGUUUCGGUUGAUGGGCUAGAAACACUUGCUACUCUUGAGGAGUUGACUAUAAGGAAUUGUCCUAGUCUACUAUUCAUUCCAAUCAUUCCAUGUCUUCGAGGAUUAGUGAUUGAGGGUUGCGAGAAGCUUUCAGACUUACCGAGUGGGUUGAAACAUUGCAACGCACUUGAGAGAUUGAAAAUAAGUGGUAGCCGAAACUUAGUAUCCAUUCCGAUUUCAGAUGUAUUCCCGCCAUCCCUUGGGCAAUUUGUAAUUGAAGAUUGUGCUCAACUAUUAAGUCUGGAAGGCCGUCAUGAAUCUCUUAAGGAGUUGAGUAUAGUGAAUUGUCCUGAGUUAAGUUGGAGUUCAGUUGCCGAUAAGGGGAAGAGUCUGACCGCCAUCCGGAAAUUGGUUAUUGCAAGUUGCGGUGGACCGGAAUUGAACAUUUACUCUAUCAGUACUCUUGAGGAGAUUUCUUUACGCGAUUGCACCUCCCUUGUCGAGUUGAAAAUUGAAAGGUGCAAAAAUUUGAUAUCUUUGGCAGAUGUCGAUGUAACUAGCUUGCAAUCUCUUUCCAGGUUAAGAAUACGUAAUUGUCAGAAAUUACAAUACUUGUCGACGGGUCUACACACUCUGACUCGUCUGAAGAGAUUGGAGAUUGGUGGGUUGUGGGAGGAGCUCGAUUCUUUCCCGGUUCCGCAAAUUCAAUCAUCAGACUGGUUAGAAUUCGGCGGGUGGCCUAAGCUCAAGUCUCUGCCUCAAGUAAUUCAUCACUCGACUAGUCCUGUAACACAUUUAACAAUACAUGAUUGUGAUGGGCUGGAGACUCUUCCAGAGUGGUUGGGUGACCUUACAUCUCUCUACCAACUAGAGAUUUACAAUUGCAUGAAUCUCAACUCUCUGCCUUCCAUCCAAGCUAUGCAACGCCUCACCAGACUAGAACAUCUAAUAAUUUCAGGAUGUCCCAUUCUGAAGGAAAGAUGCGCCAUGCUUACCGGCACUGAGUGGCCCAAGAUUUCUGAUAUUCCAUACGCGGACCGUAAUUUCUUCUCUCAAACCAAAUAAUUCAUUUGUUCGAUUCCCUUUCUUUCACCUUUUCCUUUCUUCUUCGUCUCCACUAUUGAGUAUUGACCGAACCUCAUUUUUUGUUAAUUAGUUGAUUUAUGAUGGGAAUGAAGAUUGAAUGUUGGCCUGAGAUUUCUCACAUUCUAAACGUCAGAGCCAGCGUCCAGAUUCAAGACCAAUCCAACUUCUCACUUCCAAGUCAAGAAUGUACAUUCUAGAGUCAAGUCAUCCUCUAAAGAUUUCGUGGUUCAAGAAGAAUCCAAGUUUUCGCUUCCAAGUUCAAAUACACUAAUAAAUCAGGCAUCACUGGAUCCGACAUGUGCAUGAAGGAAAAUGUUGAAGCUGGAAAGUUACAUUCCGACAAGAACAAGUCCGAUAUGCUAACCAAGGCUUGUCCGAAAGGCAAACAUCAACACCGCAGAAACAGAUGAGGUCUGCAUUUUUUUUAGCACCGUGUUGGAAAUGAGGGUAAUGUUCAAAUUCCUUCGUGUAAAUGAGACGUCACUACAAAGAUAUUUGUUAUCAUGCAGUUUACUGUAGGAUGUCCAGUCCUGUAUUUGUACUGUGAAAAAUUCAUCCAAAAAUCUACGUUCUAGAGUCCAA